AUGACUGAUUCGGGAGUAGAUACAAGUAAUGAGAGCAGCGAUAAUCCAAUAUUUGAUCACUCCCAGUGUAUUUUAGAAUUCAGUCCACCUGCUAUACCUAUAAAUCAAGCUGGCCAACCAAUGCCCGUCGAGUUCUUAAAUGAACCUCAUGAUCAUGUCGGCAAAAUUAAAUGUUCUACAAAAGCAAGACAUUGUAGAUUGAAAUAUAGAUAUGGAGGUACUAUUUGUUCAUCAAAAAACCAUAAACUUCGUUUUGCCGCUUCUACUAACAACACUGAGCUUGUAGAGAAAUUACUGUUAUCAGGGGCUGACCCAAAUUCAUCAGAUGAACAUAAAAGAAGCCCUCUUCACUUAGCUGCAUGUCGUGGCUAUGUUGAAGUUGUUCGGUCAUUAUUAAGACACGGCGCUAAUCCCAACAUUAAGGACACUCUGGGUAAUACACCAUUACAUCUUGCUGCUUGCACUAACCAUAUUCAAGUAGUCAUAGAACUUCUCGAUGCUGGCACUGAUGUUAGCUCACACGAUAAAAAUGGUCGAAACCCUAUACAGCUUGCACAGAGCAAGCUGAGGCUUAUUCAGAUGCGUCCAAGUGGAGCUGGGAGCUUUGAAGAGACAAAGCAACUAAUUGGUGAAAUAUGUUUAGUUGUCAAAAUGAUGUGUAAAUAUUUGCAAAUACAAAAGGCCGAUGCUGGAGAUUUGGAGUCUGUGCGUCUUAGACUAGAAAGAGUCAGUACUCGUGAACAAGUAGAUUCUGAAGUACAAAACUUACUUGAUAGUUUAGAUUCUCUGAAGUUGAGAUAA